AUGUCACAUACUACCAAAUUGUUUUCGAACAUAGUCGUCUCCGAAAAUAUCAAACAAAACGUGCGGUGUUUUUUUCUUAGGAGAUUUUCUGUGUUUUCCUGCUUUUUGAGUAUUUCACCAAUCUCCCUUUUUAAGUAUUACUUAUCUUAUCUUUCAGUGCAUCACUGUGAAUGUUUAAUUAAGCAAUUGAUGAUGACUUCCUGGUCGAGACUGCAAAAAAUCACAACGGUACUCUUUGGGGCCGUUGGUGGUGCAUCUGCCUACUAUUUUUACACGCGCAAACAAGAAACCAAUACAGUGUUCAACUCCUGGACAACAAAUUUCCAGGUUUCUCAGUGUGGAAAGUGGGACAGCAACUGGGAUCAUCGUGACCCAGCAUCCCUAGUGAAACCCCUGAAGAAAGAUUCUGAUACAACCGAUGAGAACAAGCACAAUGAAAAACUUGAGAAAGCCACCCCCAAAGUCAUUCGGCAUUUGAUUCUAAUCCGACAUGGGCAGUACAAUCAGUCUGGAGAAUCCGACUCCAAGCACUACCUAACGGAAAUUGGACGAAAGCAAGCUGCUUUCACGGGAGAUCGUCUCAAAGCCCUCCAAAUAAAUUGGGACAAGAUGAUCAAGUCCACUCUGCUGAGGGCUCAAGAGACUGGAUCAAUUAUAUCCACUUCUCUGCCUCAGGUCCCUGUUGAAAACUGUUCAUUGCUGGAGGAGGGUGCACCUAUCCCACCAGAACCCCCAAUUGGGCACUGGAAGCCAGAAUACUAUUUCUUUCAGGAUGGCGCCAGAAUUGAGACUGCUUUCCGGAAAUACUUCCAUCGAGCACUUCCUGAACAAACUAAAGAUUCGUACACUCUACUCGUUUGCCAUGCCAAUGUUAUCCGAUACUUCGUGUGCCGAGCUCUGCAGUUUCCUCCUGAAGCUUGGCUGAGAAUUUCUCUAAAUCAUGCAUCAAUAACAUGGAUCUCCAUUCUUCCAUCUGGACGUGUUCUGCUGCGAGGUCUUGGAGAUUCUGGCCAUAUUCCACCUGAAUACGUGACUUGCAGAUAAGCAACUUUUUUUUUCUUUUCUUUUAUUUCUCUCAAAAAUUUUAGGAUGAUUAGACAAUGAGAAUCUUUCCAAUUUGAAUCAUUAUCUUUUAUUUAUAGACACACUGAAAUUUUACACAAACAUUUUAAUAUUUUUAAUUUCAAUUGUGUUGUGUAAAGAUAUUUUUCAAAGAGUUUUUUUUUACAUCAAAAUUUUCGAAAUAGAAUUGAUCAAAUUUAAUGGAGAUUUAAAGAGAAAAAAAUAAAUAAAUAUUUUUGGUACAAAGUUGAAAUUCAACAUUUGUGCCGCCUUACAUUUAAAAUUCGAGCCCAUAAAUAGUGUCAAUUUGCGCUAUAUUUCUCAUAAGUUUACGAUACAUUUUCUUUAAUUUGUCUUUUAAUUUGUUAAGAUUUUUUUUUGAUUUGAUUUAUCAUUUAAUAGUGAUCAUUUAUGAUUUUCAAUACGAUUAAAAUUGUCACACGCAAAAAGUUGUACGAGCAAAUAGGACGAUAAAAUGUUAAUCCUCA